AUGACAAUUUCAAUACAUCAAGCUCAAUAUUCUCAAGAAAAUCCAGUUUCUUCAUUAUCUUCAAAAUCUAAUUCUGUGAUUUCAAAUAUUUCAAACACUUCUUCAACUACAAGUAGUCCUAGUAGUCCUAGUAGCACUAGCAGUACAAGUAGCACAAGCAGUACAAGCAGUACAAGCAGUACAAGCAGUACUGGUAGCACAAGUAGUACUACCAGUACUACCAUCGCUGAUAAUGAUAACUCAAAUACAGAUUUAAACUCAAAUAUAGAUAAUUCAAAUGAUAAUCCCUUGGCUUUCCACAAAUUCAAAUUAUCCUUAAACGGAAAUACAAAUUCCUUAUUAAUAUCUGAUGAUGAAAUCAAUUAUUUCAACAAUCUAUAUCUAAAUCUUGAUUUUAUUAAAUUGCACGAUCAAUUAAAACAAAAAAAUGUGUCCAUUUUCAAUAAUCGCUCAAAUAUUAUAACUUCAAAUACUGCCAUUUUAUUACUAUUCAAAUCCUUAUCAAACUUAAUUGAAUUCUGUAAAAUAGCUAAACAAGACCAACACAAAAAUUCUAAAAAUUCUACUAAUGAAAAGAAUUCAAUUAACUUGAACAGCUACAAUUUUAAAAAUAUCGAUGAAAUUAAAAAUAUUAACUCAGCUCUAAACAAUCCAAAUAAUAUUAAUAAAUAUAUACAAAAGGACUUGGAUUUUCUUAACCACAAUUACACUGAUAUUAGUUUCAAAAGAGUCAAUUCAAAAUCAGAUUUUUUAAAAUAUAAUUAUAAUUUAUCAGAUAAAUUACAUAAUGAAACAUUAUCCCCAUUUAAGAUUAAUGAUCUAUUAGUUCAAUUCAAUCAAAAAAAUCAAGUUAAAAAUCAAGGCAAUUUAAAAUCUUUAUUGUUCCAUAAAUUCAAUCUCAAAUCGGCUCCUUCAAUUUCAAUCUUAGAUUAUUUAUUCAAUAUUCACAAAUGCUUUAAAUUUUCCUCCUUUAUUUAUAUCGCUGCUUCGUAUUACAUUUACCAAUUAAUUAUACCUUCUUCUCCUUUUAAUUCUAAAAAUAUUGCAAACCACAACAUGACCUUUAUAAAUUCCUUUGAACUAAACGAAGUUAAUGUUCACAAAUUGAUUUUAACCUCAAUAAGAAUUGCCUCAAAGAUACUAAUGGAAGAUAUCAACUAUUUUAUCAAAAACAUUAAUUAUUCCUCUGUUGUCGGUGUGCCUUUGAAUGAGUUGAACCAGUUGGAGAUUAACUUUUUGUUUUUAAACAAUUUUGAGUUAAAAGUAGAGGAAUUAGAUUUAAUUUCUUACUUAGGUGAAUUGCGUUUACUAAACAGCUAUAUUGAAAAAAAUUCAAAUUACUAA